AUGACAGUGCUAUCGGACCCUAACGAUGGCGAUACUUCGAGCAGAGCGUUGGAGGCAUCCGACGCUGCAACUUACAGCAUCUAUGCCAGCUCAGCGGGUCAACGCCCCGGAGAUAACAUUCAAGUCCUGGCACCUGGAAGUAAUCUGGAUAACUUCGUGGCUGGCUUGAACCCCAGCAAAUCCAUCAUCUUAUCCAGCGCCCCAGACCCAGCCGCCAGUUUCCACGAUUCGGACGAGACCAUCAAAUGGUUCCGGGACAUUGAUCCGGGCGCCAGUGGCUCCGUCACCGUCGAUGGCACAGCAGCAAAGAGCAUUGAAAGCUUCCAAUUCUCCCUGCCUCAGCCCUGGCCACUUGAAUUCAGCUCAGCGAGCGAUGUCCUGCUCUUCACAUUUGGCUCAACCGGCCUUCUUGGCAGUGAUGAGACAGGAUCCCGCAUUGAAGCACCGGGCAUUGACUCUACCGGCAACAUGCUGAUUUGCGGUCUUGACUUUGCCAACAUGAAAGACAUCACCGGUGUCACAGUAAAAGACGUCUUCAAGAAUGCCAAUCAAGAAGGCAUGACAGACUUCAUCCCUCUUGCGGUCCUCGCCCUCGAAGUAUCGCUGGAAAAGCCACCUGCUGAUGUGCCACCCAUGAGGAAUGCGUUGUGGUUCGUCCCAUCGGCUAAUAAACGGCUUCAGACUCGGCUGCAGUUCCAGCUGUCAGACUUCGACGCAUUGCAGGACCUAUUCUCAAUUGCCCUGGGCGGUCUCAUAAUUGAGAGCGCAGACGUCGUCUACAAAAGCAAAACGCAAUUGGGCGUGACGGAAAAUGGCGAAAUGCCUAUCUCUCAUGGCCAAGUGGCCUUUAGCAUCGGGUGCUCUCUCAGAGAUGCUAAGAGUCCUGUGUCGAUGCUCGCUGGCGUAGAAUUCACCACUACCACGAUUGACUUCACCUUCAUGUUCCUCUCCCCAGACCCGCUAGCCGGAAUAUUACAAUGGCUAGCUGGACUUGCCGAGGAUGAAGAAGUCGAGACGGUCGUCAAUGAGAUUCUUGGCAAGGAAGAAGGUGGAGGAAAGGUUUUGCCCGCUGCAAAUCUGCGAAGACUGCGCAUUGGGCUUGACACAAGAAAGGAUCCGCAGAAUCCUAGACUCGGGUCUUUUUCUUUUGACAUCGAGGUCUCUGCAAACUUUGGUCGUGGAGACAGCAAGGAUACUCCUGUAUUCUUGAUCACGUAUAAUUGGAAUCGGUCUAUCGGUACUUAUGGUACUCUUUCUGGGCAGUUGUGGAACGACUUUGACGCAUCAGUUGACCUUGACCUGGAGCCAGAGGGUGAGAAGUGGGCUAUCUUGACGCCUUUGACACCUUCACCUGCGUCAUCCAUCGAUAUCGCCACUCUGAUCCCAGGCCAGACCGUGGUCGACAUCCCCGAUACUCUCCCUUCUCAGAUAACCCUUGCAUUUAUCGAGUUAUCCCAAGAGUACUUCUCCCUUCGCUGUCAAGCCACUGCAAAUCCUCCAACCCCAGGCUCAGCCCCCCAACCCUACCUCGGCGAGGUUGUUCUCGCCACCUACUUCAACUGGGGCAGCAGUUCAGUGUUUACCUUUGACGUCGGGAUAUCUGUCUUGAUUGAUCCCCCAGAGGAUUCUGAAAUCGAUCUUCCAGCUACAUUCGUUGGAACCCUCGGUUACGACUCCUCUAAAAAGUCUUGGGAGCUCACAGCGGCUAUAAAUGGCUUGUACGCCUCUGUUCUUGCUGAGUUCUUCCACGAUGAUGAGAAGGACCACGUUGGACCGUUGAUCAAUUCCAUUGUCAUCAAUACUUUGUCUGUAAAGUAUACGUAUGAGAAAAAGAGUGGCAAUAAUGCCAACUCAGUGGGAAGCACAUUCGUUAUCGCUGGUGACUUGGUCAUUGCAGAGCUGAGAUUAACCCUGGACUUCAAAUACACGGCUAGUGGCUUUACCUUUUCGGCGGCGCUCAACCCAGCUGACAGGAAUGCGACUAUCGGAGAUAUCUUGACAGACCUUGUUGGUUCUUCGUUUGACAUACCAGACUUUGUCUACGAUACUUUGAUAGUCGGUGAAAAGGAGGACGCGUUCCGCAUUGAUAUCCAGAAGAUGAAAGACGCCUCUGACAUCGAGUCAUUCCAAUUUCUGGCCAGUCUCAAAAUUGGCGAUCUCCAGUUCCUGUUCUCCCAGCUCCACAGCACCAAAUGGGGCCCCAAAGAUCCUUCCAAACGACUGUUCAAAGCAGCCAUCAAUGGCUUUGGCAACAUGGAACUCGAGAUUCCUCUUGUGGGCACAUUAUACCAGCCACUCGAUGAGCUGUACUUCCUCUUUGUCCAAGAUCCCAAGCCGCCAAAUCGACCGGGACAGCUCACAGGGCUCACACGAGAGGAUAUCGGUCUUCUCAACAGUGGCGUCAUGCAAAAGGACCAGCUGCUUGUUGCUGACAAGAUCAAGCCCGACAGUGCUCAGCCAACAGACCUUCUGGUGCCCUCUGGAUGUCACUUUGCUGUCAUUAUUCGCAAUGUGGCCAAGGGUGAGCGCGUGUGUCUGCUGAGCUACGGCUUCAUGAAACCCCAGCCUUCGUCAUCUCAAGCACUGGUCACUGGUACCGAGGAAACGGGCAGAAGACGCACCGAAGAGGAAAUGGACGAUGGAGGCCCCAGUGCACAAGCGCCAUUCAAAAAGGAUACAGGGCCUAUAGCCAUUAGCAACGUUGGUCUAAGGUACAAGGCCAAGACACUGUCCAUCGUCUUUGACGCCACUUUUCAGCUCGGGCCUAUUGGCUUCUCUCUUCUCGGCUUCACCCUCAACACCCAGUUCAAGAGCCUAGAUGAGCUACCAACAAUCAGUGUCAACAUUGACGGACUAGCAGCAUCCUUUGAAAGGCGUCCAUUGACAAUCGCCGGUAUCAUCGUCCACGGCAACGAUGGCGCCAUGGACUACUAUGCUGGUGGUCUUAUCAUCGGGUUCCGUCCCUAUCAGUUCCAGGCAGCUGGCUUCUACGGAGUCAUCACUCUCGCCAACAGCAGCAACAGCUUCCAGAGCGUGUUUGUCUUUGCAAAGCUCAACGGUCCACUCAUGACACUUGCUUUUGCUGAGAUCAGCGGCAUCUGCGGUGGCUUUGGCUACAACAGCAGCGUUCGCUUGCCUUCCGUAGACCAAGUCUCGGACUUUCCCUUCAUCAACAGCGGCCGUCUGAGCAAUAACGAGAAUGCACAGCAAGUACUCCUUGAGCUUGUUGACCCCUCGGCCGGUGGUUGGUUCCAGCCACUUGACAGCACAUAUUGGGGUGCCAUUGGCAUGAAACUCUCUGCGUUUCGUAUGCUGAGUGUCGAUGCUGUUGUUGCAGUGCAGUUUGGUGACUCGGUGAAGCUGGGCAUCUUUGCAGCGGCGGUCUGUGAUAUUCCUUCAACCAAUUCACCACUCAAGCUGGCCCAUGCUGAGUUGGGUAUCGCCGCUGUCUUGGACUUCGACUAUGGAUUCCUCAAGAUCGAGGCCCAGCUAUCACCUCGCUCUUACAUCCUCAGUCCUAACUGCCAUUUGACGGGCGGCUUUGCCCUCUGCUACUGGUUUGAUGCACCUCUCGCCGAUAGGGCCAGGAUCGGAGACUUUGUCUUCACCUUGGGCGGAUACCACCAAGCGUUCCGCGUUCCUGUUGGCUACCCUAACCCCCCUCGGUUAGGUAUUAGCUGGGAUUUGGGUGGUGGUUUGUCAAUCUCUGGCGAGGCAUAUUUCGCCAUCACUACCAAGGCCUGUAUGGCUGGUGGACGUCUCCAUGCUGCGUUCAAAGCAGGACCUCUCUCUGCCUGGUUUGACGCCUUUGCCAAUUUCCUUAUCAAUUACCGACCCUUUUACUUUGACAUGUCAGCUGGUGUGUCUGUUGGAGUCGGAUUCAGCAUCGACUUCUGGUUCAUCCACAUUCGUAUCUCAGUCCAGAUUGGUGCUGAGCUAUACCUCUGGGGCCCCCCCGUUGCUGGCCGCGUACACGUUGACUUCUGGAUCGUCGCUUUCGAUAUCAACUUCGGCGAUCACCACCCCAAGAUUGAUCCAGUCAAAUUGUCUGAUUUCUACGAGCUUGUCCUUCAGGACUCGCCUGCAUCUUCUUUUGCGUCUGCGACUUCCCUGAUCACAGGCAAACAGCAACAGGAACCCAUUGCAGCGUCUACAUUGAGCAGACCCAAGAAUGAAGGACACAACUUCCUUGCUGAGGCUGGGCUUCUCAACCCAGACGACCAACCAGAGAGAGGAAAGGAAGACCCUUGGACCGUCCGGGCUGGCACAUUUGUGUUUGUUGCGGAGUGCAAGAUGGCCAUAAGCAGUGUUACGACUAGCGAAAACGGCGAUUCAAUCCUACGGGGCAACGACGUAUUCAGCAAGCCCAUGGGCAUGAUAACGCCUAUGACUUCAACCAUGCAGAUCCAAGUCAUUCAUGAGGAUGGAAGCAAUCCUGAAGAGGAUUGGCAGUUUGAGAGAUAUACUCAGAUGCUUCCGAGCGCUCUCUGGUCAAAGUAUGAUCGCGGGACUGAUCCACGUCAGAGUGGGAACAACGUUGGUGACCUGCUCAACACCAACAACGGUAGCCCCUCUCUCAUGACAGGCGUGAGAGUCACAGCGCCCAAGCCAACCAUGUCUCCAGACCCAUUCCCAGCAUACAAGGUUGCGGAUGCAGACCUUCAAGAGCUGACUGCGGAACGGAAUCUUCCUGGUAUGGUUACGGCUGAAGAUGCAUGGGCGCCAGUCAAGCCGAACGACGAUGUCAAGCAGAGAUAUGAAGUCAUUCAUGAUGCUUGGGUAAGUCCUGUGCUGGAAGAAAAGGGCCAACAAGACUUUGUGGGAGUCUUGGCCCAGAGCUUGGGAUGGAAUGAUGUGAGCGGAUUGAAGAGCGUUGCAGGUAUUCCAGAGAGAUUGAAGAAGGGUUUCAUGAAUAUGUAUGUCGCGUCUCCGUUGAUGACUGCCUGA